AUGAAGCAUCUUUAUUCUAUAGAUUAAUAUGUCGUUCUUCAACCUGACUCACAUGGGUUACGAUAGCACUGUUGCUCAGUCCCUAGAGCAGAAAACUGCUGGUGCAGCAGAGGGCUCGCAUGUCAAAUAUGCUGCCCUUAAAACCAAACAUACACGCAGUGACAAGGGACCAAUAGAUUUGCACCGUAAUCCAGUGUCAACCUCACAAGACUAUGGGUGGUGGCAGAAGGACAGUAAGACGCCACCUGAUUGGGCGAGAUGUGCCCGACACUCCCACGUCAACAGUGAGAUGACCAGGUUUGUGGACGACAUGUCGAAGACGAACAAGGAUUUUAAACUCUUCUGAGAUCAGGAUACACGAGCCUCUAUGAUAUUGCUUAAGCGACGGUGGAAAAUUGCAUGACAAAUAUGUUAAGAGAUAUUAUCAAUAGUAAACAUUUACUUUUCCGUUAACGUAUCAAUGUUGACUAAAAAUGCUGAUGAUGUUAAAGUAUAAAUCUACAUUGUAUGAAUUCCACGAUCAAUAUGAUUUCUGCUGAUUCUUUGGACGGUUCCUUAGUAAUUCAGGGUAUAUUUCUGGUUUAAUGUUUAAUCGUUUUGUAUGCAUACAAUUUAAACCGUUUUAUUCAA